AUGUCAGAUGCAGAUUCAAGUCUGUUUGUGAAGCUAAGGUCCAAUGUGCAGCUGCUGGUUCUCUUGUACGUAGAUGAUAUGAUCAUAACUGGAAAUGAUGAAACUGAAAUUUCUAGCCUACGGAAUGAUCUAGCUCUGCGUUUUGACAUGAAAAAUCUAGGGGAAGUGAGUUGCUUUCUUGGCUUGGAGGUUGAGAAGACAGAACAAGGGUACUUUAUGACACAGCAAGCUUAUGCAAGGAGCCUCUUAGAUCGUUUUGGUAUGAGAGAGGCAAAAACAAAAGCCACUCCCAUGGAACCAAACCUGAAGCUAAAGAAAGAGGAGGGAAAGAUGUUGAAGAACCCGAAAAAGUACCGACAACUAGUAGGUAGUUUAAUCUACCUGACUAUUACGAGGCCAGAAAUUUCAUACUCAGUAGGCGUUAUAUCUCAGUUCAUGCAAGAACCGAGAGUUCCUCACUUAGAAGCAGCAAAAAGAAUCCUGCGUUACAUAAAAGGGUCUCUUGAAUACGGGCUCUUGUACAAGAAGAAUACCAAGUUUGUGUUAGAAGGGUUCACAGACGCAGAUUGGGCAGGAGAUACAAAUGACAGACAUUCAACCUCUGGUUACUGUUUUAACGUCGGCUCAGCAGCAGUGUCAUGGUGUAGCAAAAAGCAAGAUAUCGUUGCCUUGUCCAGCACCGAGGCGGAGUACGUGGCAGCUACAAUGGCUGCUCAAGAGUGUGUGUGGUUAAAGAGACUGAUCAAAGAUAUACUGCAUGAAGACGAGUACACGGUGGAAAUUAAGUGCGAUAAUGAGAGUGCUAUCAAACUUGCACUAAAUCCAGUGUUUCAUGCUAGAACUAAACACAUAGAAGUGCGCCAUCACUUUAUCCGUGAGAAGGUUCUGAACGAAGAGAUAGAGCUUACUGGUGUUCGGACAGGAGCUCAAGUUGCAGAUAUAUUCACCAAGGCUUUAGUGAAGCCUAAGUUUCAGAGUCUUCGUAAAGCACUCGAAUAG